AGAUUAUGCAUUCAUUCUCCUGCUACUCUCCUCAGUAGGAAGCAAGCCUUAGCAAUGUACGCACAAAGCACAAACAAGCGCCAGAAGACAAUCAACAGUCGAGAAACAGCUCGAAACUUGGAGGCCAAUGACUACUUUCCCGGGUUGAAUCGAGUAGAGUUUCAUGCAGAUGCUGCAUAUGAAGAUACACUUACAUAUCAGUAUUAUAAUGCCGCUGAGCGAAUUCAUGGGAGAGCUAUGGAAGAUUGGCUUCGGCCAUGUAUUUCAUUCAGAAAUGCAUUCUGCCAUUCAGGUGGAGAUUACCCCUUAAAUUCAACACUCUGUAAAUCAUGGGAUGAUGGGUCUCAUACAGAAGAAAAUUACAAGCGGCGUUUGAAGGCAGCCUUUGAGCUUUAUUCCAAACUUGGUGUUAAAUAUUGGACACUGUAUGAUACUGAUAUUGCUCCAGAAGGAGACACUCUUGAAGAAACACAUCAUUUCAUAGAUGAGUCCACUCAAGUUAUACUUGAUCUACAACAGCGUACUGGUAUAAAACCACUUUGGGUUGCUGCUGACCUCAGGACCAAUUGCAGAUAUGUGAGUGGAGCUGUCACAAGCCCAGAGGCUUACAUAACUGGCUAUGCAGGAGCACAACUCAAGAAAGCUCUUGAUAUUGCACAUAAGUUGGGUGCAGAAAAUUUUCUUUUCAAGGGGUUUUAUGAGGGAUAUACUAGCAUACUGAACACAGUCAUUCCUCGCGAACUACGCAUCUAUUCACGUGUUUUGAAGAUGAUUGUAGAUUAUAAAGAAAGACUUGGAUAUAGAGGGCAGUUGCUUCUGGAACCAUGCUAUAAUUAUGAUAAUAGUAAAAACCAUGAUAAUUUUCUUCAACACAACUACAUACAUAGCAUCACAAGUGCACUGAGUUUCCUAAAACAUUAUAAUUUAGACCGACAUUAUAAGCUCAGUGUGCCCCCAGGAGAUCAGCUUUUUAUGGCAGCAGCGUAUGGAUUUCUGGGUUCAAUCGAUGCAACAAACUUGAAACAUCUUUCAGAUAUUUCUGAAGCCACAUUACUCUUCAAAACUGUGAUUGAACAGGGAGGAAUACAGCCUGGUGGCCUCAAUAUUGGAGUUUCUCUGGCUCGUGAAUCAACUGAAACGAAAGACCUCUUCAUAGCAUACGUUCAACAAAUAGACAGAUUGGCAAGAGGUUUACGAAAUGCUGUGAAAAUAGUUGAAGAUGGCUUGUUUAACAAGAAUUUGCAGCAAAGAUACCUGAGUUUUCAUACGGGAUUUGGGAGUCGCAUAGCAAGUGGUGAAGCUACUCUUGAAGACUGUGAAGAUCAGGCUCGGAAAACUCAUGGUGAAACAGUGUUUACAUCCGGAAGGACAGAGCACUGGGAAGCUGUUUUCAACAGAUACGUGUAGUUUCAUAUAGCAGUUAUGAUGAUAGCAAUAUAGAUUUAUAAAAUCACAAGCUUGUUUCUUCUUUUUACUAGUUCUCUAUCUUGAUGUUUAAGAAAACUUAGCUAAAUAAAAUUAAAUCGGUAAAAAUUAACUUUGUGGCUCACUAACAUACAUCAUACAGAUGUUACUGGAAUGUCAGCUACAGGACAAUUUAUAAAUCUUAGUCUCAUGAAAAUAAAUGUGCAGUUGCUGUCACUUUUUGAAAACAAAAACAAAAUAACACACUGACAAUGUAAUGAAAUAGUAGAAUACAAUACCUUGUGUACAAAAAGCUGAAAGUAACUUAGUGAUUGAUAGUGGAAGUAUAGUGGACUGGAGCUAGGAAGUACAUUUCCACACAGAGUGGAGUACAGUGAUGCUGUUCGUUUUUUUUAUUUUGCUUUUUUUCAGGGCCAUAUACCAGGUGUUCAGAAAUUUCUGUUACAAACUUCUAGACCUUGUAGAAGGGAGUGAGUACAUAAUAUUUUCAAUAGGAACCCAUGUCCAGAAACGUCAUCCAACAAUGCUGCAGAGCCUCGAAGUUAAAGACGCCAGUGCCUGUAAUUGCAUGUAUGUACUGGGUGAAUCCGUGAUGAUAUUACAAACUUCCUAGGAUGAUGGAGGAGGACAAAUGCACCAAUUUGAGAAAUGGGUCACUGUACUGGAAAUGAACAAGUCAAAAUUUAUAAGCAAAAAUCAUUCUGACACCUCUGACAGUGGAGUACAUGUACCGGUACUGUUGUUGCUAAGGUUGUAGGGUGGCAGCUUUCAGAGUUGGUAGUAUGGACCAAAACAAGGAAAAAAAUGUCCAGUAAACAUGGGCUCUAAAAUGCAUACCUUAAGAGUUAUGACAACUUGUUGACUAAAGGAGAUGUGUUUCACAGUAGCAAAGAUGAACAAGUGUUCAUAGCUCCUCUGGUAUACAUUUCGGAACCGAUAUUUAUUGGAAAUUUUUCCUCUGAAAGUUCCCUACCCUACAGUCUUUGCAACAACAGUACUGAUACAUCUCUUCCACUGUCAGAUGUAUCACAAUGGUUUUUGUAUAUAACUUUCAACUCAUUCAUUUCCAGUGCAGGGACUCUUGCCUCAAAUUGAUAAUUUUAUCCUUCUCCACAUCUUACACCAUUUGUGACGUCAUCACAGAAUAACCCAGUAUAUACAUACAUCUACAGGUGCUGGAACCUAUAACUUGGAUGCUCUGUAGCAUCGAUGGAUGAUGUUUCCGGACAUGGGUUCCUAUUCAAAAUGUGCUGUACUCACUGCUCACUACAAGUCCUAGAAGUAUGUAAUGGUAAUUUCUGAACAACCUGUAUAGCCUUGAAGAAGAGGUAACAUAUUAGUAUGUAAGAUUAAAGGAAGUUGUAAUUGGUUAUGGACUGCCAUCGCAAUUUUGCUUACUUAAGUAUCAAUCACCAAGUUAAUUUAAAUGAACAAUAGUGAUCAUAUGAAAAAUUGUAGCAUAACAUGAAUUACACAGUGCCUGUCAUCACUAAUAGAUAGCAAAUGAAAUAUCAAUUGCAAAUGUGCAAUUUGCAUCAAACAUGUGGAGCAAUGGGAGUUCUUUACUUCUAAUUUUUGUGUAGAAUACAGUUGUAUCAAACUACAUGAUUUAUGGAAAUACAUAUAUUUAGAAUUUUCACAUCA